AUGGCGGCAGCGCAAGCGAACCGCGCGUACAUGGACGCCGAGAUGGUCUACAACUACCAUCGGAUGAACAUGCACCUACCCCAGCAGCAGCAGCAGCAGCCUGCAGACGCGAUAUUCUGCCUCUGCAGUCUGGACACGCGCGUGGCCGAGCGGGCGGCGCAGCUGCUCCUGGACGGUUUCGCCGGCGACCAAGGCUUGCUCAUAUUCUCGGGCGGCAGCGGCAAGCUGACAGAGGCGCGCUUCUCCGAGCCCGAGGCCGAGGUCUUUGCCGCCGUCGCCAGGCGCAUGGGCGUACCGCCGGCCAGGAUUCUCGUCGAGCCCCGCUCGUCCAACACGGGGGAGAAUGUGCGCUUCACGCGGGCCCUGCUGCGGGACCGGGGUCUGGAUCCCCAGAGCUUCAUCCUGGUCCAAAAGCCGUACAUGGAGCGCCGGACCUACGCGACGUUUGUGAAGCAGUGGUCUUGUCCCGAGGCGGGGAAGGGAGGAGGUUUGCAACAGCAACAACAAAAUAAACAGCAGAAGCAGAAGCAGACGCAGCCCGUGUUUACAGUCACGUCCCCGCAGAUGACGUUUGCGGAAUACCCAGAUCAGGACAACCCCAGGGACCUGGUCAUCAGCAUAAUGGUGGGGGACCUAGUCCGCAUCCGAGAGUACCCCGCCAGGGGCUUUCAGAUCUCGCAGGAGAUUCCCGAUGAGGUGUGGGAGGCUGGGCAAAGGCUCAUCCGGGAGGGGUACAACACUCACCUUCCCUGA